GCGCGGAUAUUUUUUGGAGCUAACUGAAGAGCGUCGUGCUAAGAAAGCACAGGAAGCUGAAGAGAGGGAAGAAAGGAAGUUGGAAGAAACGCAUUUGGAAGCGAGAGGAAGAGACUCGAAAGAUUAGAGUGGAAACGAUAUGAGGAUGAGCGGGAUGCUCGCCUGCUUCGUUUGGUUCGCGUCGAAUGGGGGAGUGGUACUGAGGCGGAUAAGAAACCAGAGAAUAAAAAAGGUGAAAGUGAACGAGAAAGGAGAAACUGCCGAAGAAGAAAAGGAAAGGCUGAGAAGAGAGAUUGCGAUGCAAGUGAGUUCUGAGGGUGACGAGGAUACCGAAUUACUACUUCUUAGAAGGCGUGCCGUUAGGAUCAACAUCUACGAUAAACGAAGACGGGAACCUGAAGGUAAUAUUGCAGGCAGCCCACCAUCGACGACGCUGAAAAAAGGACAGAGACUGGGUUUGACAGCAGAUGCCAGACGUAGGAGAACGGAACUCGGUUCGGAAGCAAAGAUUCAGAUCAACGAGAUCCGAAACUAUGAUGCUGGACAAACUGCAUCAGCAUCAAUUAUUCUGAAGCCCGUCGAGAAGUUGUCGUUGAGCCUAAAACACGUGGCUGCUGGAUGUGCACCAGGCGAUCGUGAGAAGUAUGAAGAAGAGUGUCGAGACUUGUUUGAAGCACUGACGAUCGAUGAACUGAAGGAAGUGCGUAAGAGUGAGAAGAUCAGCUACACCAAACGUGACAUUGGGAUCAAACGAUUAGUGGCACGAAGACUGCUGAAAGCAUACGAUCCGAUUAAUGUGUCGUUGCCUGAAUCACCUCGUGGAGCUCCGGAAGUGCCGAGAGCAGCUAGAUCCUUACGACCGAAACCAGUGGAUGACGAAAGCGACUUUGACGACGAAGAUGAGGACUCAGAAUGAGGCGUUUGGCGCAUGUGGAGAGACAUCAGCACGCUCCGAAGCUUGCGAUCGACGAAAGGAUGCAAUCAUGAUGAGUAUAAGUCGUACGUUCGUUCUUUGUUGAUCGAACUCGUGUUGUAUGGUGAGAUACCGUGGUGCAAAAAUUUUAUCGAUUACUGGAGAGACGCAUGUGAUAGGAGUGUCUUAGAACUUGGAACACCCGAAGGUUGCGUAUAUGCGUUGGUUUAAACAGACCUAAAUAGGAAGGACUAAACGAAAGUUGAGUUUGAGAUGGAAGGAGCAUGUGAAUGGCGGUUUGAAGGAAAAAUGUGAGAUUGGGGGCGGAGAAAUCUGUACAAGUGGUUGAAAAAGGUAGGAGUCGAACAAUAUGUGGUCAUACCUCUAAUCUUCAGUUCUGAUCGUAUGGAACUUGAAGCCAUCCAGAGGUCGUUGAUUCAAACGUGGUCACCGUCAUUGAAUACCAAACUGAAGAAGAAAUGAACAAAGGGCCGAAGGAGAC